AUGAUAGCUAAAGAUGGAAUUUCGCAGCCAGCUCCACCUCCGAAACCUUUGAUUCCACAGGCUGUGCAAAAUGCAAUACAAAGCGUACAAAGUGGAUUGCAAGCUAGCGGUGUACAACCAGGUCUAAUUCAGCCGGGAAUCAUGGUACAAUCACCCCCAAUUCCACAGUCUAGGAUACCAACAAUGGCUCCAGUAUUAUCUGCAAUUCACUCCCAAACAGCUGCAGUUAUAACAAAGGCACCAACAAACAUGCCUUCUAUCGCACCUUAUCCUCCACAGUUGAUAAAGCCCCUGAUUGACACCUUGAUGGGUCCAGCGGUUCCGACGAUUCCGCUUCAAUCGGAUGACACUGUCAAGUUGACAAACGUUGUCUAUGUCGGUGGACUUACAUCAGACACGUCUAACGAAUUUAUAAUCAAGAUGUUACAGAAAUGCGGAAAAAUAAGUCAUUUUAAGCGUCACACGGAUCCAUCUAGUGGUUUACUUGCUACAUUUGCAUUCUGUGAUUUUGAAUCACCAGGAGGUGCAUAUUAUGCUAUGGAAUGCCUUUCUGAUAUCCCAUACAAAGAAGGAAGAAUAAAGAUAAGUUGCAACGAAAAGGUAAAGGACCAAAUUGCAACUUGGAAGGAGCAGAAAAUUGCAGAGAUUAAAUCGCAAAACCCGGAAUACACCACCGAAAAGGUUGCAGAACAUAUGAAAUCCACCCAAGAUGCAUUAAGGGAGGAAUUCAACGGCAUUAUAAAGUUAAAUGAUACGACUGUAGAGGAAAUAAAACCUAUAACUGGACAACCAGUGAAGAAAAAGGUAGAAACUCCUCGCGAAACUGUGAAUGAGGUAGUUAGCUAUACUACUAAGGAAUAUACUGUACACCACAAAGAAUCGCACAGAAGAAAUAAAAUUAGGUCAAAGAAGAGAGACUACGAUGAAAGAUUCAGAGAUGAUGAACCAGAAUGGAUUAGAGAGGAAGAGAAGCUACUAAGACGUCUAAACAGACUUGGAACCGUGAAACAAAGUUUACGCGAAAAACUCAUAAAGGAAGAUUUAGAGGGGUUGUCACGAUAUAAUCCAAGAAUUAGACAGAAGGAACGCAUACAAGAUGAAGAAGAUGCGCAAGAAGAGGAGUCAGAGGCUAGAAAGAAGCAUAUACCAAUACAUGCUCAACCAGCACCUGUUGUUGAACAAAAGAAAUCUAUUCCAAAUGUAUUCGCCGCGCAAGAAGAGGAAGAAGAGACCAUAUACACCAAGAAACAUAAACCUCUUGUUAAACUGAGAAAGGAUGAAGAUAUUUGGGAACAGGUACCUACCGAAGAGGAACAAGUAUUCAAGUUCCCCCUAGACUGGGAUGGAAUAUUCAAGGACGGGACAGUCAAUGCACUUAUUGAGCCAUGGAUUAGAAAGUGUAUUCAGGAAUAUAUGGGUGAUGAAGAAUCGCUUGUGAAUGAUGUUAUAGAGUUCCUCACAGGACGACUGGCAGAACAUCCAACUCCAUCCGAGCUUUUAUUUGAUGUUGAACAAUUUUUGGAUGAUGAAAGUAAAGGUUUUGUUCUCCAGCUGUGGAGAAUGCUCAUUUUUCAACACAUGAAAUUGGAGUUGUAA